AUGGCCGAAUUUUUUUCACAAUCACAAAUUGACAGUAAGUUUUGAGAAAUAUUUGAAAUAAAUGUACCUACAUAAAAUAGAAACAUAUCACGCCCAGCUUCGUGCUUAACUUUGAAAAUUGGCGGUGUGAGUUUUUAAUUUUUUGGCGAGGUGAAAACAACCUUUUCGACUGAAAAAUAUCACUUUUAACGGGAAAACAAGCAGAAAUUUGCUGUUUUUCAAGAAAAUCUCAAAUUGGCAAGGUGAAUUCCCGUAAAUUUUUAUUGGCGCCGUGCAUAUGCCUCACCCUGGGCGUGGUAUGAAUAGAAACCUUUUUCUGAGUUUUUUAACAAUGUCCAAAAGACUGUUUCAAGGAAAAAAUAAAAGAAACACAAACGAAGAUUUCAAAAAACUAAUAUUUUUCGCCAUUUUCAGAAAUCCGAGAAUGUUUCAAUUUAUACUGCACAGAUGAAAAACUAACAUCAGCUGCACAAAUGCGUUGCAUUUUACGAAGUUUGGGAUAUGCCCCAACGGCUCAAAAAACCAUAGAAUAUUUUGAAAAAUAUGCGAAAAAACCUAUUGUUUUUUCUACAUUUUUAGAAAUUGCAAAAGAAGAGCAGAAUAGCUCGGAUCCAUUGACAGAUAUAAUCAAAGCUUUGAAAGGAUUCGAUAGGUGAGAAUAGUUGGUUAUCAUAUUCAAAUUUUCUAUUUGGUUUUUUUCUAGAAAAGGUUCAAAAUCAAUGACGAGUAACGAACUUCGCGCAAUCCUUUCUUCGGUUGGUGAGCGUUUAUCAAAACAAGAAAUUGAUUUUCUUCUGUCAAAAGUUCAAGUGAAUGGAAUUGUCCCCCAUCAAAAAUUGAUAGAAUUCAUUUCAAAAUAA